ACGGUUUCUGUAUAAGUGUUUUCAACACGUGCUUUGCGUCAAGUUUCAGUGAUAUCCUAAAGAUUUGUGUUGAUAUAUUUUUUUCAAAAUUUUUCAAAAUACGCAAAUACUAAAAUGGCUGAAGAAAUGAAAAACUUGUUUGAUGAUUUGUCUACAUUUUUAGAUAUAACAUCUAGAAUAGAUUUAAAAUUGAAUGCUGUCAGUUUUCUGUUAGGUAUGUCAGGAGAAGGAAGUAAUCGUAGUUUACUUCUUGAAUUUCCAAACAUCAUUAGGCAGAUGAUAAUUUUGGUUAAUGAUCCUGUGAAACAAUUAGCAAAAGAUGUUCUCAGUACAUUGAUUAACUUUAGUGGUGAUAAAGAAGGAGCUAGUGUUUUACUCUUAAUUUCAGAAUCUUCCAAAUCAAAUUCUGAUGAUAUUUCAAACGACAAUUUGAUUUAUCUAUGUAUGAAACAUAUGACCAAUCGAGACCCAGAACUAGCUGAUUAUUGUACUUUAAUUUUGUCAAAUAUUACACGACCAAAAGGAUUUGAAGAAAGAGUACUUACAUUAGUAGAAAAGAGUCCAUUUGACUGGAGUUCAUUUUUGGAUGUAUUUGAAAAGGAACGUGACUCUAAACCCAAAUUUUACUAUUUAGGACCAAUUUUUAGUAAUUUAAGUCGUUCAAAAAAAAUGAGAAAAUUUUUGAUGGGCGACGAAGAAAAUGCACCAAUUGUAAAACUUUUGUCUUGCAUUAGAUUUGCUAAGAACAAUAUUCUAAGAGGAGGAACUAUUGGAACAAUAAAGAAUUGUUGUUUUGAUGAGGAAUAUCAUGAGCGGCUGUUAGGUUCUGAAGUAGAUAUUCUUCCUUACUUAAUGAUGCCUCUAAUGGGUCCAGAUCAGUUUACCGAUGAAGAAAAUGAUAAAUUACCAAUAGAUUUACAGUAUUUGCCAGAAACUCAGGAGAGAGAACAAGAUCCAGACUUAAGAGUUAUGCUAUUAGAAUCUUUGCUGUGGCUGUGCUGUGGCAAGUUUGGAAGGGAAUUUCUCAGAGAGAAUAAUAUUUACAUUAUUCUUAGAGAAUAUCAUAAGUGGGAAAAAGAUGGACUUGCUUUGUUGCGUUGUGAAAAUAUUGUAGACAUUUUGAUCAAAACUGAAGAAGAGAUAGGAAUAAAUAGUUAUAAAGAAGUUGAUGUUCCUGAAGAAUAUAAAGAAAAGUUUGAAAAAUUUGAUAAAGAAUUUAUCGAAGAGAACACUGAAGAAGCCACCAAUGAAAUGAGCGCAUUAAAGUUGUAAAGGUGUUUUAAGUGUUUUAGUGUUUUGUACCAUAUUUUGUGUAAAUAAUUAUGUUUGAUAAUUUUACAAAAAAUAUUAAAUUUGUUUAAUUACUA